AUGACGCUCAACCUUAGCAAUGCUGAGCGCCAGACAUUUACGCGGCUGUAUGCAUUUGCAGACCCUAACCAGAGCGGCAUGAUUACGGGUGACGCCGCGGUGAAAUUCUUUGAGGGAUUUAAACUGCCCACCCUCACGCUCGGAAAGAUUUGGGCGAUUGCCGACGAAGGGAACAAUGGUUUUCUUACGCCAAAUAACUUUGGCGUGGCUCUUCGCUUGAUUGGGCGUGCCCAGCGUGGCGAGAGUGUAAGCGAGAGUGUGGUGCAAGUGCAGGGCGCUCCGCCCGUGUACGAAGGACUCGCUGCUGCGCCCGCUGCGCCCGCUGCCAACGCCGCGGAGACGACCAUCAACGCCGAGGACAAGGCGCGUUUUUCGCGCAUUUUUGCAUCGGCGGGCCCCACCAACGGGCUCCUGAGUGGCGAGCAGGCCAAAGACUUGUUUGUCAAGUCCAAGCUCCCCUUUGCGAAGCUCGGCGCCAUUUGGAACUUGGCGGACACGAAGUCGCGCGGCGCGCUGGAUCUGGCCGACUUUGUGAUUGGAAUGCACUACAUCCAAGGCACGAUGAACGGCACCGUUUCCGAGCUGCCGGCGACGCUGCCUGCUGGCAUGUAUGAGCAAGCAUCUGUACAGCCUACGACGCCUGCACUGCAAGCGCAGCGCACUGGCACGGACCCUGUAAUGUCCACCUUUUUUGCCUCUCCUGCGCAGCCAUCGCGUACGAGCAGUGUCGCUGUUCCUUCCAGUACGUCGCUCAUGCCGCAGCCCACCGGCGCCGCACAAGGCGACUGGGCGAUUUCAGCGCAAGAAAAAGCCAAGUUUGACACCUUUUUUGACUCGCUUGACACUGCGCACACUGGCCACAUUGAGGGCUCUCUUGUGGUGCCGUUUUUCAUGCAGAGUGGCCUUGAUGAGCCGACGUUGGCGCAUGUAUGGGACCUAUCGGAUCUCACCCAAGACGGUGUGCUUACCAGGGAUGAGUUUGCCGUCGCGAUGCGCCUGAUUAAUGACAAGAUUGCAGGGCGCGCAAUUCCUGACCAGCUCCCUCCAAACAUGAUGCCGCCGGGCAUGCGCGCGCAGAGCCUGCCCGAAGCCGUGGACGUGAAGCAGAGCGAGACGCAAAAAGAGCUCUUUUCUUUGCUUGAUUUUGACGCGCCGCCCGUCUCGUCUGCCGCUGCUGCGACUGCUUUUGCCGGCUCCAACGCCGCUACCUCGCUCAACAUGCCCCCCAUGCGGCCUGCGGUCCUGUCGAAGAGCACUGCUGAGACGCAGACAAGAGCGCCUGCGUCCCGAUCCACCACGGCGCAGUUCAACGCGUUUGACGACGACGUUGCGGCGCCUGCACCCGAUCCUGCGGAGCUUGCGGGUACACAGAGUGCGAUGCGCAGUACGAGCAAGGAUCUCGACGACUUGCGCACGCGCCGCAGCACUGUCGAGGCCACCGCUGCACAGAACGCAACCUCCCUCGCAGAGCUCGAGGCGCAGCUCACCCGUGCACGCACCGAGCAAGCAGGUGAAAAAGCUGCUGUAGCAGAGCUCGAGGAGCGUGUGCUUGCCCAAGGCAAGGAGCUUGACGUGCUCCGCGAGGAUGUGAUUCGCACCGAGAGCGAGCUUAGCGGCUUGCGCUCCCAAAAAGACGAGCUUGAGCAAACGCUGCUGCAGGACCGCGAGUCUGUGCGCGAGACGAAGCGUACGCUGGCCGAGCUGCAAGCGGAUCUGGCCUCGAUGCGCGACGCGCGCGAUAGAGCCGAGGAGGAGGUGCGCCACCACGCAGGCAUUGCGGCCAUCGCGGAUACGCAGCUGGCGGCCGCGCGCGAUGAGCACGAGUCGCUUUUGGCCAUGCCCCCGGUCCGAGCGGAACCUGUGGCGAAGCGCAACCCAUUCGAGAUGGGCGGUGAGCCGCCGAGUGCCGGCACAGCCACCUUUGAGUCGAUGUACGGCUCGUUUGCGACUGCAGAGCCCCUUCAAACCGACCUUGGCCUGGACACGUUUGCGGGCAUUGCGGGCGUCGGCGCCGGAACCGCUAUGGCAGACAGUGUUGAGCCACGCGCACAAACCGUGCAUCUUGUGGAUCCCACCGGCGCGCCGGCCACUGCAUCAUUUUUAGCGGACCCAAGCGCAGAAGGAAAUGCGCAUGCUGCAGUGGACAGUGUGGACGUAGGCGAGCAUGCUGAUCAGCUCGUUCACGACACGUCUUUGGACGAGAGUGCGUACCUCGACGCCUCGCCUCAUACACGCGACGAUGCACAAGGCAAGGACCAGCUUCACUUGCCCGGCGGAUUCCCCGGCGAAGCGGAUGCUGCCUCGCCAGAUGCGGCGCGCGCCGAGCCAAGCUCAGCACAAGCCCCGCCGCUUUCCGCCCGUGUCGCCAAUGUACAGCAGGCGCCGUCGGAUUGGUCUGCGGCGGCUGCGCCUGCAUCUGCGGCUGCGGCUGCAUCUGUGCCUGCGCCUGCGCCGCGGGCCGGGCUCGCGUCGAUGUGGCCCACCGGCGCAGCGCCAGAAAGCACAGCGCCAGAAAGCACGCUCGACGGUGCUGCAAACGCCCGCCCUGCCACCACCGUCACCGACGCACCGUCUGCGCGGAAAUCGACGCUGGACGAAUUUGACUCCGCGUUUAAAAACCUGGGCUUUGCCCAUGUCGUGCCGUCCAGUGCAGACGCCGCGGUUCCCCAAGCCGACGCGGAACAGCGGUUCGAGUCCUCGUUCGCGCCUGCAUCGGCAUCGGCGUCUGCGCCGGGCAAACCGCUCAGCCCCGCGCCGGCGUAUGGCGAGGGCGUGCCGCUUGCGUACCUUUCCAACACGGCCACUGCGCCUCCUGUGCAUGCCCCGACCGCACAAGCCGCACCGGCCGCACAAGCCGCGCCCGAUGCUUCCGUGGCCGCCCGCUCGGUUCCUUCUGCGCCGGGCCAGCGCUCCUCACGUGCACCCACGCCCCCGCUCCCAGGGGAUCUCGGCCCCGUCCGCCAGCUUUGCCAGAUGGGCUUUUCCCGCUCCCAAGUCAUCCGUGCCUUGGAGCGCGCCAACUACCGCACCGAGCGCGCGCUCGAGCGCCUCUUGUCCAACAGCGGCCGUGCCUAG